UCGAGGGCGCGGGGCCGAGCCGGACACACAGACGCUGGCUGCCUUCGACGGCCCCGAGGACUGGCGCGCGGCCGCCCGGGCGCGCGGCCUCUCCGACAGCCUCAGCGACGCGAGCAGCGACGGCAUGGCCGAGACGGUCCUCAGCGUCGACGCCGUCGUCGCGACGCCCGUCGCGACGAAGCGCUGGAGCCUCGAGAGCGACGAGGUGUGCCUCCAGGAGCUCGUGCGGCGGAGCAACGUCGCGUCGGCGUGGCGCGCGGGCAAGAUCCGGCGCGGCGUGCCGCCCGAGGCGCCGCGCGCCGGAUGCAAGAUCCAGUGCUUCCACAACUCGCUCGUGGGCUUCGCCGACUGGGCGCUUUUAGACGUCGACGGCCGCGGCGAGUGGCGCGCGACCGUGCGGACCCAGAAGACGAAGGCGAACGUGGCCCUGCGCCAGUUCAGCGACGAGAAGUUGGAUUUGAGUUUAGGCGCGCUCCUCGAGCGCUACAACGAGGUCCGCGUGAACUCGACGGACGCGCCGGCGGCGCUCUUCGCCGACGUCUGGACGCCCUGGACGGAGCGCGGCGCCGAGGCCUGCUACGUCGAGCUCCGGCGCCGCGUCGCGGCGACGGCUAGCGGCCGCGCGCCGGCCGCGGGCGACGCGUUCGCCGCGUCCGACGGCGACCGGACGCUCGCGUGCGUGCUCGAGUGCGGCGGCGACUACGCGGGCGCGCCCUGGCGCGCGCGCCUCGGGCGGAGCUCCACGGGCGAGGACGCCUACCUGACGCUCGGCGAGUUGCUGGAGACGUUCCACGACGUCCGCUUCGAGUCCGAGCCCGCGCCCGAGGGGCGGCGCCUGCCCAUCCUGCGGCCGCCGCGGCGCAAGAACGCGGAGCCCGCGGCGGCCGACGACGACUCCGAGCUCGCGUCGUCGACGCCCGCGGGCGGCAAGCCCGUGGCGCGCAUGCUCGACGACCAGCAGCAGUCGCUCGAGGAGGCGGCGAUCCUCGAGCGCGAGCUCGAGCGCCUCGCCAUCGGCCUCUUCGCGCCGUCGCCGCAGAGCGCGGGCCGCCGCGAGCGGGGCCGGCUCGACGCGGCGGCGGCGGACGCGGCGCGCGCCGCGGCCCGGGCGCCGCCGGGCGCCCUCGACGCGCCGGACCUGCGCGACGCGGCCAACAGGGCCGCCGCGAAGGCGCCGCGCGGCGCGGGACGAGGGGCGCCGCACGCGCGGUACCGCGGCGUGGGCCGCGAGCGCCGCGCGGACGCGCUCUACGACGCGCUCCUCUCCUUCCGGCGCCGGGCGGCGCGCGCGCGCCGCGAGCCGGCAGCGUCGGCCGUCGCCGCCGUCGCCGCGGCGAUCUGCCGCCGCGCGUUGAGGGACGCGUCGACGGCGCCGGGGGCCGCGCUGCGCGCCGUCGCGGGCGAGCUCCAGGCGAAGCACGAGGUGCACCUCGCCGACGCGCCGGGCACGCUGCGCAGCGUCGUCGCGGACAACGUCGAGUUCGAGGUGCUCACGGAGCAGUCGCCCGCGUGCGUGCGCCGGGGCAACGACGCGGCCGCGGACGCGCUGCUGGCCGCGCGCGUCGUCCUCGAGGCCGUCUUCAAGUUCCACCCGCCCCUCGGGGACCGCGCCGACUCGACGGUGGCCUGCCUCGAGUCCAUCGACGCCGCCCUCUUCGGCGACGACGACGACAGCGACGACGACGGCGAGCGCCCGCGGGGCGCGUCGCCGAACGAGGUCGCGGUCUACGCCGUCGGCGAGCCGCGGGCGAGCCAGGAGGUGCGCUACGCCCUCGUCCUCGACGCGCUCCGGGCCGAGUCGCGCGCCGCGGACGCGCUCGUCGCCGCGGCGUCGCGGACGCCGCCGCGCGCCGCGACGCCGACGAAGGCGGGCGGCGACGAGCCGACGCGGCCGUCCGUGCGCCACCUGCGGUCCCUGCCGGCGAAGCGCAGCGCGCGCGCGAAGCUCCGGGCGCUCGUCGGCGCCCUCGAGGCCCUCGCGGAGGAGCUCGAGAAGCGGCAGAUCGACUCCGUCGCGUCCGACGACCUGAUGCCCGCGCUCUGCGAGGCGGUCCGCGACGCGCGCAUCGAGACGCCCCACGCCCAGGUCGCCUUCGCGAAGCACUUCUGCCGCGACGAGCGCGUCUUCCUCGGCGUCGACGGCUACGCGCUGACGUCCUUCGAGAUCGCGCUCGCCGCGCUCGGCGACCCGAGCCGCGCGCCGCCCUCCUAACUACGACCCAACAUAUCCCGCCGGCGGGAUAUGGUAAAC